GACUGCUGAGAAAUGCUCGCAUAGUACGGCACCGUAAUGGCGUAUAUAAGGGGACCCAGACGCAGCGGAUGCGACAGUACAAGCCUCUCAGGGUCUCAUCACACCAUCUUGUACCAUCGGCAAACAAAGGCACAACGGUUGAAUUCUUACGUCGAAGAAGACUACACGCCCCCGCAGCAUACGGAACGCUAAAAAGUUUUUGAGAAAAGCUGCGUUCUCUUGACACAUUGAAAUCGAGCUGUAGACUCGCCUCUUCUAUAUCUUGAGCCUCUUCCCUUUGUGCUCUUUUCCGAAAUUUGCAAGAGACGCGAUUUGCCGCCAUCAUCACCAUGACGCUCCCCGAACACCCCAUCGAUACCCCGCCGCGCCCUGCCAGCCCUGUGCACGGGUUCGGCACACUGGCUGUUCACGCCGGAAGUCCGCACGAUCCCGUUACUGGCGCUGUGAUUGAAGCUAUCUCCCUGUCUACGACCUAUGCGCAGACUGCAGUCGGAAAGCCAGUCGGCGAGUACGAGUACUCGCGCUCCUCCAACCCCAAUCGCGAUAACUUCGAACGCGCAGUAGCAGCGCUCGAGCACGCCCGCUAUGCGCUCGCCUUUAGCUCAGGCUCGGCCACCACCGCCAACAUCCUGCAAUCGCUCGCCGCUGGCUCGCACGUUAUCUCAGUGUCCGACGUCUACGGCGGCACGCACCGAUACUUCACCAAGGUCGCGCUGACCCACGAUGUCAAAGUCACCUUCUCGCCGUCGAUUGAGAUCGACAUCGCAGAGCUGAUCCGCCCGAACACGAAGCUCAUCUGGAUCGAAUCGCCCUCGAACCCGACGCUGACGCUCGUCGACAUCCGCAAGGUCGCCUCCAUCGCGCACCAGCACGGCAUCAUGGUCGUCGUCGACAACACCUUCAUGUCGCCGUACGUGCAGAACCCGCUCGACCACGGCGCCGACAUCGUCGUGCACAGCGUCACAAAGUACAUCAACGGACACUCGGACGUCGUCAUGGGCGCCGCCGCCUUCAACUCGCCCGAGCUCUUCGAGAAGCUCUCGUUCCUGCAGAACGCCAUUGGUGCGGUCCCCAGCGCCUUCGACUGCUGGCUGGCCCACCGCGGCCUCAAGACGCUGCACCUGCGCGCCCGCGAGGCCUCCAAGAACGCCACCGGCGUCGCCACCGCGCUCGAGGCCUCCCCCCACGUCGUCAGCGUCAACUAUCCCGGUCUCGACUCGCACCCGCAGCGCGCCAUCGCGCUCAAGCAGCACCGCGACGGCAUGGGCGGCGGCAUGCUCUCGUUCCGCAUCCGGGGCGGCCACAAGGGCGCUGAGCGCUUCUGCCAGGCGACCAAGAUCUUCACGCUUGCGGAGUCGCUCGGCGGCGUCGAGUCGCUUGUCGAAGUCCCCAGCGCGAUGACGCACGGCGGCAUCCCCAAGGACCAGCGCGAGGCUGCCGGUGUCUUUGACGACCUGGUACGCAUCAGCUGCGGUGUCGAGGACGAGGCCGACCUCGUGGCCGACGUGCUGCAGGCGCUCGAGAAGGCGGUUGUGGGCCCCAAGAUCAAGAACGGGCUGCCCUAGACGUGCUGUUCUAACAGGUUGCUUGGAGAAGACGGUGUUACAGGUCAAAAAAGGGCGGUCUAAUGAGCACAUGAACAUUCGCGGCGGCGUUACUGAUACUCUGGUUUUAGACGACAAACUCCUUUAUAUCCCAAUCCCCACUGUGGGAAGCGUGGCUCUAAGGCGAGCUGAAUUUUUCUUUAGAUACCAAUUGCAUUUGCUUGUCUCUAUACUACUUAUCUGCCGCGCCGCCAUGCUGUUGCGUGAUCAAAUAUGUGACUGUGAGGUGAUUGAUGC